CAUUGCAUUGUGGGUAGGUCAGCAGUUGAGAGGACGCCAUGUGCUGUUGAGGCAGAGGGACUGAAAGGGCUGUGACAGAACUGUCUUGUAAUAUUUUUUGAGGGACACCGUGUCCGGGACAAACCGCUCCAGUAACCGUUAGCAUGUACUGCACCAGACGCUGCCUCCGGACCGCGCUGCGGGCCGCUGCCACCACACACCGGCAACAGCUUCAGCGGCAAGCACCAGCCCUGUGCGCUCUCCGACUUCUGAAGACCAGUCCGGCCACCCACUCAGACGCCAUCGCCACCCCUCCUCUAGACGGAGCACCCAAACAAUAUUCCCCCAAAAUCCAACAGCUCGUCAAUGACAUAGCCAGCCUCACAUUAUUAGAGGUGUCGGACCUCAAUGAGCUCCUCAAGAAAACUUUGAACAUUCAGGAUGUUGGAAUGAUGCCAAUGGGUGCGAUGGCUUCAGCUGUACCUGCUGCUGCCGCAGAGGAGGAGGAGGCACCAGUCAAGAAAGAGAAGACCCACUUCACAGUAAAAUUGACAGAAUUAAAAGCAGCAGAUAAAGUGAAACUUAUAAAGGAAGUGAAGAACUGCAUCCAAGGCUUGAACCUGGUGCAGGCCAAGAAACUAGUGGAGUCCCUUCCCCAGGAAAUCCGAGCCAACGCAUCCAAAGAGGAGGCAGAGAAACUGAAAGCAGCCCUGGAGGCAGCAGGCGGCACCGUAGUGUUGGAAUAGAUCCACCCGCCCCCUCCGUUCUCCAUUGUAUUGCUGCUCAUGCACUUCAUCCAUUAUUCUCUCGUUUCUUUUUUUUUUUUUUUUUUUACAUGACAAAGAGCAGGAUCCCGGGAAACAAAGAAAUGCCUUCUGACAUUAAUACUGUCUCUUAACAGCGUCAGGUGGGGCGGUACAACUCAGACUGAACUUUACAGGCACACAGCCUGCACACAUACGGCCGCCCCGCUGUUUGCUUGUCCUGUUGUCUGCUCAUGAGUAUGUCUGAUGCUUGUGUAGCAAACGAGCUACAGAGAUACUGGCCUGGGUGCCACGUAAGUCAGUCGGUCAUUCUGUGUGUGUAUGUUUAACUUUUCACAGAAGGAAAGAUUAUGCUGUAGGGAUAUGGUUACCAUUCCCUGUGUUGAAGAACACCAGAUACUGUAUCUAGUUCAGGGGAUGGCAGGGCUGAGUCCAUAUUACUUAUAGAAUUGUUAAUAAUGUGAUUAAAGUUGAGAUAUCCA